GCUCACUGCAGCCAAUCAUUUUCUGCAUGCGAAAUUACAUGUGUACUCUUAUUUGUAGUUGUUGGUAUUUAUAAAAAAUAAUAGAGGCUUGCGCCCUGCGGCGUGUAUUUUCGUAAUUCGUCAUCCUCAAGUGUAUGAAUGAGGUGUUUAUCAAUUUUUUGUAAUAAAAACAAUAGUUUAAAUCAUUGUGAUGCUUGGUAAUUGAAUUAAAUCAAGUCGGCAACGAUGACAGUAUCAAAGAUUUGGUGUUAAGAAGCGCCUCUCAAGUGACUUAUUCUUUAAUUUUGCAUUUUUCGACUAUGGCCAACGUAACAUAGUAAAUGAACACCCGUGGGGACGAACCCCGACCCAGGGGUACUUUCUGUGGAAAAAGCUCAACUCUUCAAGAGAAAGUUGCCCAAUUUUAUUACGCACAUGGUCUGUUUUGUAGCACAUAUCCCGGGGCUUUGGUCUUCGUCGCAAUUUGUGCAACUCUGCUCUCUUGUUAUCCAUUAUUAAAUUUGCCUCUCCCUGGAAACUCGCCUUUGCAAACAUGGACAUCGAGCGUGAAUUCCAGCUCGAAUGUGCCACCUUUUUGCUACAUUCAGCAAGUUGUGCUGAAGAGCACGGUCCUGCCGUGGGGCCCCGAGUUACACCUAGGUGACGCCUUCAGGGCGCCUCUUUACGAGGCUUUUAAACUUUUGGAAGCUGUUAGAAAUUACCAGGAUGAGUCCACGAAGAAAACGCUGGGACAUGUGUGCUUACAUGUCGAGUCGAUUAGGAAAAGUAAAUCAAACUACAAAAACAUCCUGCCGGAGUAUAGUUGUUUAGUCCUGUCGCCGGCUAACUUGUGGCAACAGGACGUCCUCAAAUUUACGCAGGAUAGCUCUCUACUUACCACAAUUUUCAACCAUCAUAACUUCCAAAAAGGCAAAACAUCAAUCACGGAAAUGAUGUUCGGUAUGAAGGUGUUUGACACCGGGAUUAAACGAUAUCCGUUGCGAAACCGCUACAGAAUCAUUCAGUACGCCAUAACACUUUUUUUCAAGGAAUAUGACGAAAAGUUUGUUCAUGGUUUGCGCAGAAAGCUGCAGUCGGUGUAUUCCUUACACCAAAAUUUGGAAAACGGAACAAAUGCUAACUUUGCCACGCUCAACGACACUCUCAUAAUCCAAUAUCCCGGUGAAAUCAACUUGGUCGAGUUCAUUCCCAUUACUUUGGCGUUUUUAAUCCUGUUCCUGUACUUUUAUUUCUCGUUUCGCAAAAUCGAAUUAAUUCACUCGAAGCUCGGAAUGGCCUUUACUUCCGUUCUGACCGUGUGUGCAAGCCUCACAAUGACCUACGGCUUGUGUUUUUUCUUCGGCCUAACUCUGAACCUUGAAGGAAAAGUUGUAUUUCCAUAUUUAGUGUUGCUAGUUGGCUUGGAAAAUGUCCUAUGUUUAACAAAAAGCAUAGUUUCGUCGCCCCUCCACCUCGACGUGAAAAUCCGCAUAGCGCAGGGUUUGAGCAAAGAAGGCUGGUCCAUCACCAAAAACCUCCUCCUGGAAAUCACGAUUUUGACGUUCGGGAUCUUCACCUUCGUCGCGGUCAUCCAGGAGUUUUGCAUUUUUGCGGUCGUUGGUCUCGUGACCGACUAUUUCAUGCAGAUGAUUUUCUUCUCGACGGUUUUGGGGAUUGACAUCCGGCGGAAGGAGAACAUGGUGGAGAGACACAAUCUGAGCUUUCGGAGCAGUCUCUUCCAAAGCCAGGUUUUCUACGAUAAGUCGUUCGGUAUUCGGCGAUCGAAGUCGCACCCGCGACUGUCCUCCUUCCCUGCCAAUAUCGUGGCAGGGCAGGUGCAGGGCGCCCAAGAGAAAAAAAUCCCGAAACGGUUGAAACUUGUGAAUAUUUGGACCAGGACGCGGUUUUUCCACCGCGCUUUUAUGAUCUUGAUGGUGAUUUGGAUUUCGAAUAUCGCCUACAAUAGCGGCUUCAUCGAGCAUUUUAUCCUGAAUAACAGUUAUUUUCACGAGGUGGCCGAACAAAAUAGCACUAGCUUGGAGCAGAACUACUCGAGUAUCAAGCUGUUUCCGUUGCUGAACACGAAUAAUUCGUUCAUAAACAAAGUGAGUUAUGUUACUCACAGCCCGCUCAAUUACAAUCAGAACCAGACGUUCGAUUUGGAGAAUUUGAAGCAUUCGGAUUACGAGCCGUGGUUGAAAUUGUCGCCUCAACAUUGGUCGUCUAUUGUGCGAAAAUACAACUUGUCGUUGAGUGGACAAUACAUUGCCAUUUUGCCAAAUAUUAAGCUAUCGCACGUGAUACGUCCAGAGCAGGCGGUGCUUUUGCGCAACCCUAACGAAAAAUACGGGGAGAAGUUCCAGUGGCAGGCUUUGGUGGCCGCCCUGGACCCCAUUGACUUCAAUGGGAUGGAGACAGGCACCAGGUCUGCCAUACCUCAGUCCGAGCAGCCCUUCUACCCGACCUCAGUUUUCGCGAUGAUUUUGAUCGCGAUUCUGUGCUUUAUCAGCGUGGUGGUGCUGGGGUACACCUUUGUGGUGCUUUACCGGUGCAUAUGCUCCCGGAACUACGCCGAAUGGCGGGCGUCGUGGUUCAGCGAAAAGGGGGAAGAAAACGUGGAAGAGCCAGUUUUGUUGGAGGCGGUGCCGGUGGUGCUGGAAGGGCACCAACAGGAGAUCGAAUGCACGGCCACAGACGGGGUUAAUUUGGUCAGUGCCUCGCUAGACGGGCAACUGAAGGUUUGGGAUAGUGGGACCGGGGAGCUGAUCGCCAAUGUGGACAGGAAGGCGUACUUUCAGGGGUGUUUCGAGUCGAAUUGUGGCACUUCCGAGUGCGAUGAUAACUCGUCGGAUUAUGAGUCCGGCUCUCCGCCGUCCCGAGGGGAGAGCUAUCUGUUUCCCCGUCUCAAACAUCGGAUUAAUACGAACUUUUCAAACGUGAAAGAACAGUGUAACUCGUAUAAUGCCAAAGCUGAUUUUUUAAAAACUUAUCGAGAGUUGUAUUUUGUUCGCGAUUUACCGAAAGCUAAAAGUCGGAAAGAGAUGAACAGGGCCAAAGAAAAUAAAUCGAUUAGUUUUAGUGAAAGUAAUCAAAAGUUUUGUGAUAAUGGACACACGAAAUUUGAUAGUAGUGAUGCUAAACUUUCACCGAUUUGGUGUAUGGACUAUCUGGAGAACUUGAUUGUUCUGGGGUGUGCUGAUGGGAGGCUGGAGUUUUGGGAGGGCAGUUCGGGGAGGUUGAAGUGCAUAUUUGAAGACGGAACCGAUGUUGGAAUAAGCAAUUUAAAAAUCGUGGGGUCGCGAAUUAUCGCAUCCCGAUUGUAUGGCACCUUGGAAAUGUUCCAAUUACAAACUUACAACCGUGGCCAUCCAGUUGACUGGAAUUUCACUUGCGCAUACCGAAGAACCCACGUAAGGACUGGCUCAGUUGGUUCCGUCCCUGAUCACACCAAUUUAAUUUCACAAAACGAGGAUGAGGAAGAUUUCCGGUGUUUGAAAGUUUUCAGCGUUAAGGCACACCAACAGCCGAUUAUCUGCCUCGACUGUGAAGGCGGCAGAAUUUUAACCGGCAGCCAAGACCACACGCUUAAAGUGUUCCGACUGGAGGACGGCAGCCCCCAGUACACGCUGCACGGCCACUGCGGCCCCAUCACCUGUCUUUUCAUUGACAGGAUCAGUCCAGCGACUUCUGGCAGUGGCUCCCAGGACGGAAUGCUCUGCGUUUGGGAUCUUCUAACUGGUGCCUGUAUGUACAACAUCCAGGCCCAUGAUGGUACGAUAACAUCGCUGACGUACUCUGCGAGUUACGUGAUUUCACUGGGUUCUGACGACCGCAUUUGUGUUUGGGAGCGCUUCCAAGGCCAUCUUCUGAACACCAUUUACGUUUCUCAGACCUUUUCUAGCCAGGUGUUGAUGUUGGCCCCUCAUUUGGUUGUCACAGCUCGCAGUGGAGGGCUAGUUAUUUGGGAUGUGAGGUCGGGUGAAUGUGUCCGAACGAUUAUAUUAGGCCGUUCACCGUAUAUUUUUAUCAAACAGUUGAUGUUGUUACGCGAUGCUGUGGUCUGUGAUUACGGAAAUCAAUUGCGCAUCGUGAGGUUCCCUCUUAUCACUCAUAAAUUUGACUAGGUUGUUUCUACGUGCCUUCAAUGAUGUAACAUAGUUUCGUCUAUUUAUGUCUUGUUUUAUUUUUAUGUCCUUUACGUAAAAGCGUCAAAACGUACUGUAAAUUUUUCACUGACAAAAGGUUUCGAAUACCUAAUUGUUUUUUCAUUAAGUUAUUUAUUUAUUUGGCGGAAAUAAAUGCAUUUAACAUGAAUUUUUAUUAUUGUUAUGUUAACUAUUUUUGUAACAAUAAAUAUUUUAAAUAAC